GUCCGAGGCCUAAAUAAUUCAAGUGGCCGAGUUCUUAUUGUUUGCGUUUGUAUAAUGAGUCUAAAUUUAUGUCGAGGGGUAUCUAACCGCUCACAAAAAUGGUGUCGUGGUGCAGACUAAAAUAAGAUUGGCCCUGUUAUCAGAUGCUCUUAUUUUGUCGCUGCUUACCAUAUUAAUUCGUUCAUGUGCAUGGGACUAUUCAAUAUUUCCUGUUGUGGUGGGUGGGUAAAGUGAAGUCCAAGGCAUAGAGCAGCGUUGGUGGCGAAGAGGUGGAAAAGAAAAGCAAUCAAGCAGACAGGCAGACAAUGGACAAAACAUUGGCACAGUUCGGCAGCCGCCGCAGCCGUGCUCUUGUUAUUCCUACCCACUCUUGCUCUUCAAUCUCAUUUGCAACAUCAUGGGGAGGAAGAAGGAGAGAUAUAUGUACAAGUGUUCUCUGUUUUAGAGGGCUCACUUGUUCUCCAACUAUAAGGAUAAGGGCAGCUCUUGCAGAUAGGACUACUGAUGCUGAUGCUUUCCAGGAUGUACCAAAAGAAAGCGUCUCUGUUAUUUUACUAGCUGGAGGUAGAGGAAAGCGAAUGGGGGCAAGCAUACCCAAACAAUAUCUUCCAUUAUUGGGGAUGCCUAUUGCUCUUUACAGUUUCUUCACUUUCUCUCGUAUAUCUAAAGUCAAGGAAAUUAUUGCAGUCUGUGAUUCUUCGUACAGAGAUGUAUUUGAAGAUGCUCGCAAAAGCGUGUCGGUAAAUCUUAAGUUUGCGUCUCCAGGAAAAGAAAGACAAGAUUCAGUAUAUAAUGGGCUUCAGGAAAUAGAUCCAUUAGUUGAUCUUGUAUGUGUGCAUGAUUCAGCACGUCCUCUUGUUUCACCUGAAGAUGUGGAAAAGGUCUUGCAGGAUGCGUGGGUUCAUGGAGCAGCAGUACUUGGAGUUCCUGUCAAGGCUACGAUCAAGGAGGCAAAUAAUGAUAGCUUUGUGGUAAAGACAUUGGAUCGGCAAACUUUAUGGGAAAUGCAAACACCCCAGGUUAUAAAACCUGACUUGCUUCGAAAAGGGUUUGAGCUUGUUGAACGGGAAAACUUAGAAGUCACUGAUGAUGUAUCUAUUGUGGAGUAUUUGAAACAUCCUGUCUACAUUACUCAAGGUUCUUAUACAAAUAUCAAGGUGACUACACCAGAUGACUUACUAGUUGCAGAAAGAAUUUUGAACCAAGAUUAAGCUGCCAGGACGCAUCAAAGUACCAUUUCUUUCUAUUUUUUUCUUUCUAAAACCCAAGUUUUAAAUGGAAAGACUUGGUUGUUGAGGAAAGAUGUACUUUCAAUUUUACAAGAAAGAAUUUUGCCCGUUGGUACUUUCUUCACUAGUGGAGAAUAUGAUGACAUAUUGAUUACGGUUGCAUCUUCUAAUUUAAUAAUCUUGUCUUGUAAUAUAUUAUAGAAGUAAAUCCAAGUUUUUAAAUGUAAAGACUUGGUUGUUGAGGAAAGAUGUACUUUCAAUUUUACAAAAAAGAAUUUUUUCCA